CGCACCUGUUACAGAGCAGCAGUCCGUCAUUCACUCAUUCAGUGAUUGUAAUGAGAUAGAGAGACAGACAGAUAUGGAGAAGUGUCACCGGAAUAAUGUUCUGGUGACAUCCUGCCUGAAGACGCCGGUGGACCCGCACACUAAAACGCCGUUAGCGCAGUACGAGAGAGAGAGAUCACUGCCGCGUGCGCCCGCCGGACUCGUGCACAACACGGACUACGAGAAAGAGAUGGAAUAUGACUCAGGAUCUGAUUCGGGGGCUGAUGACUCUCCAGCUAAAGAUGGUAAUCCUCUGCUGAUCAAAGACUACCGCAUGACGGGCGAUCAUAUUGAUCUCAGGGAGUUCUACUUCUCAAAUCAAGAGUACUACCAUAAACUAGAACAGCUGAAGAGAGCUCAUCUUCAGACGAUGGCCGAACUCGAACUUAUGUAUCGCAAGAAACUUGAGCUCAAUGGAGUGACACCUGCAGAGAACACUGAUCGAAUCAAUCAUUCACAGCGGGAAAGGUCAAGUCCGAUGUUAACUGGCAGUCUGAAAAAAGCCCAGUCCGCUCUGGAGCUGCGGCGUGGUUCAGAACUCUCCGACGUGUCUGAUGAGGACCCCAUUGUUGACAAGGAACAAGGAGACCGCAACAACUACAACACAGAGAAAGGUCUUCUCCUCUCACCCAAAGAACACAUUACAAACAUGUGGCAGGACUUCAGUGUAAAGAAGCUUUCUCCACCUCAACGGCACCUGUGUUCAUCCUCACUGCAGAGCCUGCCAGAAGACUGCCAGAAAACCGCUGCUAAACCAAAGGGUAGGGUCAAGCGUCAACAACUGAAACAACGUAAGAAACCUGGAGACGAGGGUUGGCAUUUGAGAAUGACAGUCCCUGAACCUUUCCAGAUGACUCUCCGAGAGGCAGAACGACGAAAGAAGGGUAUAAAAUCACGUUCGCAGAUCGAACAAGAGAAUGCGGAUCUUAGACGCCAACUGGAGGAGCUUACAGAGUGCCAGAGGAAGUUCCACGCCAGCCCGGUGCCCGCACACAUACGCCUCCCGCUGUAUGAAGAACUGCAAGAGCGUGAUGAGGAACGCCGCCGACUUCAUCGAGAGAUGGAACAGCAGCGUCUUCACUCCUCACAGAGACCUUUCAGCUUCCUAGAACGUGAGCGGUUGAAGAAAGAGCAGAAAGAGGCCAAGCUUUGUGAAGAGAUGCUCAAACUCACUAAAGAGGAAGAGGAGAGGAGGAAAUGCCCAUUCAGGUCUAAACCUGUCCCACGGGCAGUGAAGGAGGCAGCGUUGGGUGAAAAACAGAAAGAGGAGGAGCUCUAUCGGGCAAUAAAGAUGCAAAUGCGGGCAAAAGAAUUGCUGCACAGUGCCUCCAUGCCUCCGAGCAUGCUAGCACGCCACCUCAGUGAAAGACAAGCGCAGAAAGCCACCCAGGAUGACAAGAAGGCCCACGGCAGCCACCGACCCAAGAUCAACACGGAAGUUCCAGACUUUGAUGCAAGCUACAGGAGAUUUCAGAAGCAGCUUGCGAAUCGGAGAGAUGUGCGGCCUGUGACAGCAUGCGAACCCUUCCAGUUGUGCACAGCUAACAUUACCUCACACAAGGAACGCAUCAUUGCAGAUAUCGAGGAGGAAAAUAAAAGCCCAAGACCAUUGCGUUGGCCGUUUGUAACCCCACCUGUCCUCUCGCCCAAGACACCCUCCUCAUCUCUUUGCUCCUCAUUGUCUGGUAGUCAGGAAUACUUGUCCUGUAAGAUCACUGAUGCGGCCAAGAAACGGCAAGAGGUUGUGAGAAAAGUUCUAGAGCAGAGAAAGAAGGCAGAGGAAGAGGAGGAGAGAUGGAAGGAGAAGCAAAAACAGAGAGAGAAGAAACUGCAGAAACUGAUAACGAAGCGAGCCCAGGCAAACGACCCUCAUGUGGCCCUGGCUCAGACAUGCCAGUCGAAACUCAAAGAGUUCAGAAAGCAAGAUCUCCAGAGAUGUCGUGAGUAUCAGGAGGAGAUAAGAGAAAUCCAGGAGAGAGUGAAGGGAAGACCUUUACUACUGGAGCAGGUAGCACAGAUGAAUGCUAAGAGAGCAGCAGAAAAGCUCUACUCUGCCACUUUGCAUGGAUGUGGUUUGAGUGAAUCCUUUAUCAGAAGCAAAGCUCCUAAAGACUUGAAAAACAGAAAGGAUACUCCAAGCCCCUCCCACUCAGACAGCCAAACUCCACCCACAUACAGUAAAAACAGAAGUGAGGAUACUGUGGAGCAUGCAAACCUGCAGGAUCCUUUCCACGAUGAUUAUCCAGAUGAUUAUGAAAAUUACGACCAUGAACAGGAGCAAGAACACAUGGACAGAGAUGAUGAUGAGAAACUAAAUGAAUACCAUAACAGUGAUAAGGAAAGAGGGGAUGAUGGACACUCAUAUGAUGAGCUAGAUUUUGAUGAAGCUGAGCAGGAUGACAGUGUAAAGGGUGAUGACAUCAUCAGUAAGAGCAGCCAGAGCAGAAAAGGUAGUGAGAGUAACAGCAGUGACCGUAGCAACAGAAGCAGAUCAGGAAGUAUUGGAUCAGAAAAGUGAUGAUGAGAGUGGACUGAAUGAAUGUUGUGAGUCUCACUGGUGCCCCUUGUGGUGAGGACUGAUAGUCAUGUAGCUUUUGUCCAAGUACUUGAUUGCAUUUUUAUUUAUUUUUUAUCCCCUUUUCUCCCAAUUUGGAAUGCCCAAUUCCCACUACUUAGUAGGUCCUCCUUGUGGUGCGGUUACUCACCUCAAUCCAGGUGGCGGAGGACAAGUCUCAGUUGCCUCCGCUUCUGAGACCGUGGAGACUCACAGCAUGUGGAGGCUCAUGCUACUCUCCACGAUCCACGCACAACUUACCACGCGCCCCACUAAUCGCGACCAUGAGGAGGUUACCCCAUGUGACUACCCUCCCUAGCAACCGGGCCAAUUUGGUUGCUUAGGAGACCUGGCUGGAGUCACUCAGCACGUCCUGGAUUUGAACUCGUGACUCCAGGGGUCGUAGUCAGCGUCAAUACUCACUGAGCUACCCAGACCCCCACUUUAUUGCAUUUUUAAACCAAAGGAACCUCAUCAGCACAUUAUUGUUAAUGAAUCUCAUGAAACUUGUCAAAAAUAUGUCCAGGUCACAUUUCACCCCAAAUUCAAAAAUGUAUUUACUAAAAGAGAAAUAAGCCUAUUGUAUUAUUAUAGACCAUAUAUAGGAUUUUUUUAUUUUUUAAAUUUUUUUUGCAUUGACAUUAUUUUCAUGACAAUUAAGCAGAUUACUGUAAUGCAAAAUAAAAAAAAUAAAAAAAAUUAUUGUCAUAACAUCAUGUGAAAAAACAAUGAUACAAUUAUAUAUUAAGAAUAUCAUGUACUAGUUUUUAUUAGUGUUUUUUUUUUAAGAAAUCAUUGUAUUACAAUCAUUUUUAUUGUAAUGCAGUAAAACAAUACUCAAUUACAGUAAUGCAGUAUUGUGUAAAGUGACCAGGCACAUUACAGUAAAUUAGAAUUUCAAGAAGGAAAUGUGCUUAAUUGUCAUGAAAAUAAUGUGAUAUUGAGGUGAAAUGUGACCUGGAUGUUUCAAAUAUAUAUUAUUUUGCCCUGUUUCAUGUCAGAAUAGUCAAAUAUAAUUAACAAAGGGCAAAAGCACAAUACUGGCCCUGCAUCAAAGGAAUUAUGUUGGUAUUUUAAUGGAAUGUAUGAGAGUAAUAAAAUAAUUAGGAAGCAACUUUAUAUUCAAAUGUCCUUGUUUUAUUUCUACGUGUUAAAUAUAAAUAUAUGCAUAUAAAACAUUUUAAACAUUAACCUAAAAAUACGCGGCAUACUAAGUCAUGUACAUCGCAGUCAACAUCUCAGUAAUUUUCCAUGCUC